CCUGCACUCCAGUUCUCGACUCACCAUGCUUGCUCGCUCCGUCUCGUGUCUUGUGCUGGUGGCGUUUGCAGCCGUGGCGCAAGCAGCACCACGAGAUUUCGCUGCGCAGCAGCCGAUCCGCACGCCGAUCCGCGCGCUGAACGACAGCCAGAUAUCGGCUUUCCGUCCAUACGCCUUCUACGCGAGUGCCGGCUACUGCUCGCCCCCAACCACACUCCAGUGGGACUGUGGGACCAAUUGCGAAGCGACCCCCAGUUUCAUCCCUGUUGCUUCUGGCGGAGAUAGCGACAAUGUGCAGUUCUGGUACGUGGGAUACGAUCCGAGCCUCAAGACGGUCAUCAUCUCCCACCAGGGUACCAAAUUCGAUGAGAUCGAACCUGUGCUGACCGAUGUUGAUAUAGUGAUGACAACUCUGCGUCCUUCUUUGUUUCCCGGAAUCAGCCCUUUGGUUGAAGUCCAUAGCGGCUUCGCGGAUGCGCAGUCAAAGGCAGCAAGGCAAGUGCUGGCCGCAGUCCAAACGUCCCUCUCGUUGUACGGUGCAAAGCAGGUCACCAUGGUCGGCGCCGCGAUUGCACUUCUCGAUUCCGUGUUCCUUCCCAAGCACAUCUCCGGCGUAAGCUUCAAGACCGUGGUAUACGGCUUGCCGAGGGUUGGGAACCAGCAUUUCGCUGACUAUGUGGACGCGCAUGUCACCUUGACACACAUCAACAACGAGCAGGAUCCGGUCCCGAUCUUGCCUGGCAUGUACCUCGGCUUCGUGCACCCCUCUGGCGAAGUGCACAUCCAGGACUCGGGCAUGUGGCUACAAUGUCCCGGUCAAGACAAUCCGAGCACAGAGUGCAUCGUCGGCGACGUUCCUGAGUUCGGGGACGGCAAUGUGACUGAUCACGAUGGUCCCUAUGACGGCGUCGAGAUGGGCUGCUAAGAUUGCGCACUCUCUCUGCCUUCACCGAAGCAGUGGAUACGAAAGUUACGAAAGCUAAGGUCAUUUAUUUUUAGGCAUUCUCGCAUGGUGGAGCACAACUAUGGGCCCGCUAUUUUUGUCUCUCUCUGAGCUGCUAUCUAUAGCCCUGAAACUUUGACGAUGACACGAGGAUACGAGCCUCAUGGCCCUCGGCCUGAACGGGCCUUUAGCGCUCUAGCGCUCUCCAUGUCUGGACACGAACGACGUCGCACCUGCUGCGCAACAAUCUCUUGAAAACAAAGCGAACCUCGCAGUCGAGGGCGGACAUGAACUAUAUCUCCAUAGCAUGAAAUAUCUCCCUGGUUAAUUAAUCUGCGCCUUCUCCCGCCUGUGCAUUGCCCACAGUGCUCGUACCGUUGCUUCCUGACUGGUUGGCUCCGCCAGAGUUCGUGAUCUGGGUGCCGUUAUUGAUCACCGUGCCACCGCGAGACGACCCUGCACUGCCUGAGCUCUCUGUGCCAUUCCUUCCGUGUCCUGUUCGACUUCCACCGACGAUAAUUGAGUCUGGCCCCAGAUGACGAGUGUGAUUGAUCCGGACUGGACCAGGGCCCAUGAUAAUGGUGCGGUUCCCAACGUGCAUUGGGUGGAACGCUAUGCGGGUGUCGCUGCACUUCAGCGUGAAAGCUACGCACCAACAGAUCUGGACUCACGAGUGGACUGAUUGCCAUCGUCUUCGUUGCGUAACGCACGCCCCUGGAGCAUUAUCGCCAAAGCCUCAUGG